AUGACAUCUUUGCAUCACCUUGACUUGAGUAGCGUGGAUCUUUCUAAUGUGCAUGGUUGGCUCCAUGACAUUAAUAUGCUCCCUUCUCUAGUAGUCUUGAAACUCACUGAUGCUCAACUCCAAGCUGGUGCUGGUGGUUUUCAUGAUCAUACUACUUUGCUUCAUCAUCUCAACUUUACGGAGAAGAAGAAUGAUUCUGAAUCAGGAAGCACUGAUGGUCUAAACACACUAAGUUUAGCAAACAACAAGCUGAAUGGCACAAUUCCAGAGAGCAUAGGCCAAUUAUCUCAAUUAUCUCUAUUGAAUCUCUCUUCAAAUUCUUUCGUCAGUGUCUUAACUGAAUCUCAUUUUGCUAAUCUAGUGAACUUGGGGUAUUUGGACUUUUCCUACAACUCUUUCCAAUUGAAUGUAAGUGAUAAUUGGGGCCCUCCUUUCAAUGCCUUUACUAUCCAAAUGUGUUCCUGCAGAGUAGGCCCUAUUUUUCCUGCUUGGCUUGGAAGUCAGACAAUGUUGAGUGAGCUUUGCUUAUCAAAUUCUAGAAUUUCAGGUAGCAUCCCACCAUGGUUUUGGAAUCUUACUCGUUUCAAUUUGCUCGAUUUGUCAAAUAACAAUUUGGAGGGGAGGCUAACAACAUCUUUGGAAAAUUUCAAUCUCCAUCUAGUUGAUUUGAGUUCAAAUAGAUUUGAAGGCCCAUUACCUAAGCUUAAUGCCAAUUAUUUGCUUGUUAUCAAUCUCAAUAACAACCCAUUCUCUGGGUCUAUUCCUUCUUACUUUGCAGUUGCUACUAGGAUUCAAAUUUUCUCUUUCUCUAAUAAUCAUAUCAAUGGCAAAGCAUUCCGUCAUUCUUCUCGCAACCUUACUUUCUUGCAAUUGUUUGACAUAUCUAAUAAUGAUAUGUCUCGAGGACUCCUAGUCGCUGGAAUUCAACAUCAAGCAUUGGAAAUUAUUAAAUUAUCUCACAAUAAUUUCUCGGGUAGAAUUCUCGAUGGCCUUGUGUCUCUCACCAAUCUCCGUUCCUUACAUUUAAGAAACAAUGGUUUCUCCGGAGGACUGUCCUUGUCAUUGAGAAAGGCCAACAAGUUAGAAAUUCUCGAUGUUGGUGAAAACAAAAUCUCUGGUAGCAUACCAACGUGGAUCGGAGAAAAACUUUCAUCUUUAAUUGUGCUUCGCUUGAUAUCAAAUUUAUUCAAAGGCACCAUUCCAAAGCAAUUAUCAAAACUCUCCUAUCUUCAGAUCCUGGACCUUGCACAUAAUGGCCUAUCAGGUUGUAUUACUUAUACCUUUGGAGAUUUCAAAGCCAUGGUAGUCACAAAUCACAGUGAAUUGUUGUCUUUACUCUCUAUUCCACCAACGACAAUGCGCAGUUGUACUUUUCAUGAAAGUUGUACAGGUAUUCAUACAUAUACCACAUUUCCGUACUUUGACUCUCUCUUAAUAAUUGCAAAGGGCCUCCAAAUGGAGUAUUCUAAGCUUCUAUCAUUAGUCACAAGCAUGGACUUAUCAAACAACAAGCUUUCUUAUGAGUUGCCUAAAGAACUCACAAAGCUACAUGGGCUACAUUUCUUGAAUCUUUCUUACAAUCUUUUCAAUGGAAAAAUACCAGAGAGCAUUGGUGACAUGAAACAGCUGGAAUCACUUGAUUUGUUAGAGAACAAUUUAUUUGGUACCAUUCCUUCAGCCUAUAAUUGGAAUCAUGAUCUUUGUGGAUCACCUCUUCAGAAUUGUACUAAUGUGACACAGUACUCCAAAGGUGAAAAUGAGGAAGAAGGAAAAGGUGAUUGGGUAGAGAUGUUAUGGCUUUACAUAGGUCUUGCAACUGGAUUCAUAACUGGCUUUUGGGUGAUCAUUGAGGAGUAUGUGAUUCAGAGAAGGAUAGAGAGGAAGAUGAAGAAGAAUGCUGCUGCCAUUGAUGCUGGGAAACAAGGUGACAGAGCUUCAGAUAAUGAAUCUUUGAAGAAGAAGAACAGAUGGAAUGUUUUGGAUCACAAGGAAGGGAACAGAAUUGAGAAUCAAGACUUGGUUUUCAGUUGCUUCUCUGCUUGA